UGCGGCAAGCAGAGCCUGCUUGAUGCUGGUUGUGAGUCAUAAUAACACCUCCUGCCUUCCUAUCCUAUUCCCUGCAGGAACCACCGUGAUGCGUAUGACAGCCUUUGAUGCUGAUGACCCUUCCACAGACAAUGCCCUCCUGCGAUACAACAUCCUGCAGCAGACUCCUGACAAGCCAUCUCCCAACAUGUUCUAUAUUGAUCCUGAAAAAGGAGACAUCGUCACCGUAGUGUCACCUGCGCUGUUGGACAGAGAGACUCUGGAAAAUCCUAAAUAUGAACUGAUCAUUGAAGCCCAGGAUAUGGCUGGUUUGGAUGUUGGCUUAACUGGCACAGCAACGGCUACUAUCCUCAUUGAUGACAAAAACGACCACUCCCCAAAAUUCACCAAGAAGGAGUUUCACGCCACUGUCAAUGAAGGAGUUGUGGGAGUGAUUGUCAACUUAACAGUGGAAGACAAGGAUGACCCCACUACUGCAGCCUGGAGAGCUGUCUAUACUAUCAUCAAUGGAAAUCCAGGGCAGAGUUUUGAAAUACAUACAAAUCCUCAAACCAACGAGGGAAUGCUUUCUGUUGUCAAACCUUUGGAUUAUGAAAUUUCAGCAUUUCACACACUACUGAUCAAAGUAGAAAAUGAAGAUCCAUUGGUUCCUGAUGUAGCAUAUGGCCCCAGCUCUACAGCCACAGUGCAGAUAACUGUCUCAGAUGUAAAUGAAGGCCCGGUUUUCCACCCAGACCCCAUGACAGUGACCAAGCGUGAGAACAUCUCUAUUGGCAGCAUGCUGUUGACAGUAAAUGCCACAGAUCCUGAUUCCUUGCAGCAUCAGACCAUUAGGUAUUCUGUUUAUAAAGACCCAGCAGGAUGGCUAAAUAUUAAUCCAAUAAAUGGGACAAUUGAUACAGCUGCUGUCUUAGACCGUGAAUCUCCAUUUGUCCACAAUAAUAUUUAUACUGCACUUUUCUUGGCAAUAGAUAGUGGUGAUCCUCCUGCAACUGGUACUGGGACUCUACAAAUAAGACUGGAAGAUGUGAAUGACAAUGCUCCUCUCAUUUACCCAACACUUGCCAAAGUCUGUGAUGAUGCCAAAGAUCUCAAUGUGGUUAUUUUGGGAGCAUUAGAUAAGGAUCUCCAUCCAAACACCGAUCCAUUCAAAUUUGAACUUAAUAAACAAACAGGUUCUGAUAAAUUCUGGAAAAUUUCUAAGAUCAAUGACACUCAUGCCCAGUUAAGCCUUCUUCAAAACCUGAAGAAAGCAAACUACAACCUACCUAUCAUGGUGACGGACUCAGGCACACCACCUUUGUCCAACACCACAGAACUCAAAGUGCAAGUUUGUUCCUGUAAGAAAUCUAAAAUGGACUGCAGCUCAGCUGGGAUCCUGCACAUCAGAACCACCUUAGUCCUGCUUCUUUCAUUCUUCAGCUUAGUAUGGCUGUAAGAACUCCUGACAUUUGAAGCUCGCCUACCAAGUUGCUAUAGCAACAGGAAAAAAGAAAAAGAAAAAAAAAUCAGAUCUGAAGACUGCAGUUUAUGGUCACUGUACUUCUCAACUAGGCCUCGAUUGCUCCAGAUUUCAGUUUUGUCUGCAACUUCACUUACGUUUCUCAAACUCUGCUCCAGUGUCUGACAGCUCCUGCCUUCCUUUGUAAUUGAUGGAGUCCUUUUGCAAGUUGUUAUGGCCGUGUAGUUACCCUGAGUACUGAAGGAUCAUGACAUCUCACUUGACUUUCUGGGAAUGGAAGAAAAAGAAAAUUCAAGAAUGACUACUUGUUUUUGAUAUCUGUUGACAUAUUGCUAUUCAGCUGUUCAAAAUGCUUUGUCUGUGGGUUGGUAUUUGUAUAUGUAUGAGUAUACGUAUGUAUAUAUAUACACACUGUAUUUAUAUAGAGAGACUAUACACCAUAGGUUAGUUUUGCUAUGUUGUUCAUGCUGACAGGUUAAAUGAUGUAGUGACAGAGUAGCCCAGCUGUUGAGGGUGAAGUCUGAGCUAAAGCAGCUGCUAACACCUUGGGGUGCUCAACUUCCAGAUGCACACUAAGGCACCGAGGUGCUCCACACUUGACUGGGGCGCCAAGACCCCGUUGCUACAGAGCUGGCUUUCGUAACCUGAUGUUUCUCCUCCAGCUUGGCUCUGGCCCUGGAGGCAGAAGUCCUGGGGAUAAAGUACCAGGCUGGUCUGUACGCAACCGAAAGUUCUACCAAGUUAGGAAUUCCUUCUCCUAAACCUCAGGGGGUUUCAGAACUCUCCAGACCAAUUUCCACUGGUGUCAUCUUCCAUCAGCCUGAGGAUGUUGGAAGGAACAGAGCAGGGGAAACAGCAUCCCUGUACUAAGCAAAGGGCUGAAAUGUUCUUGCAUGGGUAUCAACCCAGAAUGUUCAUGCACCUUGAAUAUCUAGGUGUCACUGGAGUUUUCAGGGAAAUGGAUCAUCCAAGAGAUGCUAUUGUUUCUCCUCAGUAUGUGGUAAAUCCACCAUAAGUAAGAGGUGAGAUGGUGCAUUUCUGAGGAGGACAAGCAGCACUGUAUUUUAUAAAUCUAGAAACAUACAUAUACAUAUAUACAUACGCACACGUUUGUUUUAACUAUACAAAUACAUAUACGUAUACAAUACAAGAAGUCUUUGUAAGUAAUUUUUUUUUCCUUCUGGUGAAUCAACCACCACUAUUUGCAAACCUGAUGACAAAAGGGUGUUCAUCAUGUAUGAAGAGGAAUUGAUUUUCAUUCUGUGAGCAUGUAAAGGUUAUAAGGCAGCUAUUGCUUGCCCCGAGACCUCCAUCUUGUGAAUAAAAACUGUACAUGAACCAUCAAAGCUCACACCAAAUUUUUAUAUGAAAACAAAAGUAGUGACAGACUGUAGCUUUUCUUAGGGCUUGCCAGUAACUAGGGUAAGAAAAGUGUCUUAGCUUAUUUUACUGCAGUUGCUUACUAAGGGUUUAACCACAGAAAACAAAACAAAACAAAAAAAAAUGCUUUCUUAUGCAAUAGGUGUUGGCAUCUGCAUCCAUUAGUCAGACUUUUCUAGUGAUUAGGGGUCACAUAUUGUCUUUCUUGCCUGAAGUUAUAAAGCUAGUGCUCCAUACACUGUAUUUGUUUCAAUAGUAAAUCUUUUGGACGCAUACAUAAUACAAAGCGUUUUUUUUUCCUCCACUGAAAUAAAUGGGUAUUGGUGGUUAAAA